GCUAUUUGUGAUGAUAUACCUAGUGAUAUAGUUUGGUAAUAUUCGUGAAUACCAGUGUUGCCAAGCUACUUGAGCGAGUUCAAAUCAAAAUACUAGUAAAUGAUAAUCAUGGCGGCGGGUCCUAUUGCUGAACGCAAUCAAGAUGCUACGAUAUAUGUGGGUGGGCUGGAUGAUAAAGUUACAGAAUCCCUCAUGUGGGAACUAUUUGUUCAGUCCGGACCAGUUGUUAAUGUUCAUAUGCCAAAAGAUAGGGUGACUCAAAUGCACCAGGGCUAUGGGUUUGUAGAAUUUAUGGGAGAGGAAGAUGCAGAUUAUGCCAUCAAAAUAAUGAAUAUGAUAAAAUUGUAUGGGAAACCGAUAAGAGUAAACAAAGCAAGUGCUCAUCAGAAAAAUUUAGAUGUCGGAGCUAAUAUCUUUAUAGGAAAUCUUGAUCCAGAAGUAGACGAGAAACUGUUGUACGAUACCUUCAGUGCGUUUGGAGUAAUUCUUCAAACACCUAAAAUAAUGAGAGAUCCCGAGACAGGAAAUUCAAAGGGAUUUGCGUUCAUAAAUUUCGCCUCGUUCGAUGCAUCCGACGCAAGUAUAGAAGCGAUGAAUGGCCAGUAUUUAUGCAACAGACCGAUUUCCGUAUCGUACGCUUUCAAACGCGACGCCAAAGGAGAAAGACACGGUAGCGCGGCUGAACGUCUAUUAGCCGCGCAGAACCCUCUGAGUCAAGCGGAUAGACCUCAUCAAUUGUUUGCCGAUGCGCCACCUUUAGCGCCACCACCGAUUCCAAACUCAAGUGCGGCAACUCAUCAAGCUGCUCAUCAUCCUCAGCAUCACGUGAUGCACCAUGGAAUGGUUGUUCCACCUCCUCCACCCCCUUCAACACCAGGACCUCCAAUGGGUCAUCCACCACCACCACCCGUCCCACCUCCGCCAUCGAGUGGUUUCCCACCAGCAAGUAUUCCUCCACCACCUUUGCCUCCUAUGUCAAUGGCAACGCAUCCUCCUUUACCACCCGGAAUGCCACCUCCAUUGCCACCUAUGCCCGUUCCAACUUCUCAAUCGCAACAAACGACGCCCAGAAUGAUGGCGCCACCGCCUCCGCAUUGGGGUGUCAGUGGGCCACCCCAAGGUCAAUUUCCACCACCACCGCCUCCUUCAUCCGCUGGUGCACCUCCGCCUCCGCAAUUUGGUCAAUUUCAACCACCACCCCCGCGACCUCCUCCAACCUGGAGACAUCCACCUCCUCCUCCUGUGUCUCAAGGUGGACCACCACCACCUCCACCUCCACAAUUUCGGCCACCCUUUCCACCAAGAGGUCCACCACCACCGCCGCCACCUCACGAUACCAAUCAAUAUUGAGUUUGCCCUUUCAUUGUCUCAAUGUCUUCGAUUACUUCGCGAGCGUAACGUAAGAAUUUUGCCUGUGUUCAAACUGUUGGAUACAA